ACUGCCUGUUGAGGCACUCGAAGUACUCUUCUGGAAUCUCGCACAAGCACCUCGGCCGGCGCUCACUUCCACCACUAAGACGACUACUACCACCACAAGGCUAUUCCGCGAGUAGGAAUGGCGCAGUAGUCGCAGUCGGAGAACUCAGUGGAGAUCGAGACGUCGCGGACGCAGGUUCUCUUCAGUCGCGAUACAAGUCACGUAGUCCGUACCCGCAGUACUCGAUAAGCGCAAUGGUUUCUACCGCCGACGCCCCCCAACCCCAACCCCGAGCCCCCUUGGCUUCUAUAGACGCCCAGGCCGUGGAGGACACCCUGGGGGCUCUGACAGAAAUCCUGCGGGAGCUCGCGAAGGACGUCGACUGGCAGAUGGUGCUGGCCAACCUGCAGAGGGCGUUCGACAAGGUGGACAGAAACAUGCUGGGCUACCUGGGAGUGGCUGGGAGCAGGGACAAGCUGGACCAGCUGCGGACCGACCACACCCUUGUGCGCCACGCCUACCGGAGGAGUGUCGACGAGAUGUUCGAGUGGAGUGUCUCCGCCGCCAGCACUCUGGAGUCCCUGAUUCCUCUUCUGGACGGGGCAGGGGCCUCUCCGGCGGACAAGGAGCUCUUCUGGAAGACGAUUGCCGGAGUUCUCGGCGCCGGCGUGGAAAGGGCAGAAGCUUCCCUCAACCACCUGCGUGAGUUGAAAGCCACCGCUCUGGAGGAGCACUUCCGGGCAACGCUGGAAAAUCUCGAGAAAGACUUCGGCCCGGACGGCGUGUACGGCAGGAAGGUGCAGAAGCUGCAGGCUCCACGAGCUGGCGAUGAGCCUCCAUCCAAGAAGACCCGAACAAAUCCCUUAGAACCUGGUGAGGGGCACUCGGAGGAGAAACAUCUUCAAAAGUCAUCCGGUUGGGUGUUGGUGCAGUGGCUCGGGGACAAGUGGAAUGGAAUGUGGUCUCGCGUUGUAAGAAUAUUUAAACCUUACCCGGAUCCAAUCUACUUAGAAGAGCUGGAAAAAAUCGAGACCCUGAAGCGAGUCCUGACUAGGAACCUUGAAGAGGCCAUUGGGAUGACGAAAGAGAUGAUUGCCCACCUGGAGGACGACAAGAAGAGGUUCGAAACUCUCGGCCAGCUGAACUCCGGCGAGAAGAAUGUAGCCACGCUUCUGGUGGCCCACCCGGAGCUCUGGGAUGGUCUGGUCCCGCGUCUGCAGGAUCUGAAGAGGGAGUGUCUCUCGUACAACAAACUACGCUGCGGAUAGGCUCUUCUGAAAGUUGAUAUAUUUUUGAAGCACUCCAUUAUUUGCGAUUAAAAACUAACAAAGA